CUGAACACAGCUGCAUUAAAAAAGUGUCAAUGAGAAACUGAAAGUUUUGUUUUGAUUGAUGCGGCGAGACCAGGCGAGACGGCGCCAUUGGCAGGCAUUGACCAAUCAGAAGACAGCCUAAGGGGCGGUGCAGUUCGCCGUUCGCCAGUCUGCUCCGCUGCUUUUGUCUUUGUCUUGUGGUUGACAUGGAUAUAGAUACCGUCAACUAUACUAUGUUUUCCUAAGUAGAUAGGGCACUUUAAGGAUAAUUGCGAGUUAAUCAUUAGGAUUUAACACUUCCUAAAAUGGGAGACAACGACAGCGACUUAAAAACUCUGGAGGCUCUGCUGGACGAGUUCUUCUCAGGUGCUCCAGCACAUAGACAAAGGGAAAUCGAGCAGAUUUUGCUGGGAUUUGGAUCUCAGCGGGGCUCCUGGAGCCACUGCCUCAAUUUCUUGUCCAGGACGACUAAUCAGUUUGUUUCCAUGUUCUGUUUAACAACUAUUGAGACUGUGGUCAAUAGACAGUGGCAAGGCUUGCCCUGGGAAGAGCGAGUAGAGUUGAAAAGUGCUCUCAACGCGUAUACUCUACAAAACCACAAGCAACUUCCUUCAUUCCUGCGGAACAAACUUGUCAAACUUGUUGUGGACAUCGCGAGGCACGACUGGCCUCACUUCUACCCAGACUUCUUUGACACCAUCCUGCAGCUCGUACACAGCCAUGACCACACUGCACUUGGCCUAGUUUUCGCUCUGACUGCAUCAGAGGAGUUGGUCUCCCCUAGGGAAGAUCUUAGUUCUGCUAGGAAGGACGAGCUGAGACGACUGUUGUUGCUACAGGUCCCAAAUCUUUUUAGAGCACUGACAGCUGUCCUGCAAAGGCAGUUGGACCGGCAAAAGAACAAAACAUUCACACCACCACCAUCGCCAACGCACGGCCAAAUCGACUCUUGCACGGCAGAAAACUCCUCCCCUUCUGGAUCACUCCUUUUGAGUGGCAUGUUAGCGGCUAAAUUGGGAACCCCAGGACCGAGCAAGACCAAUUUGACAGAUGAAGAGGACCAGGCGGUCUGCUCUCUAGCCUUGACAGCACUGGCUCAGUACCUGUCGUGGGUGCCACUGGACAGUUACCUGACUCCAGAGUUAAUCAAAAUUCUCUUCCUAUAUGCUGCCCUCCCUGAAAAUGCUCAGGUGUGCAGUGGUGAUUCCUUGUCUCUUGGGGUGCAGGCUAUGUGUGCCAUAAACGAACUUCUUUAUAAACAAUGUGUUCCUGCUGAGUGGCAUGACUUGUUGCUAGAAAUGUUUGGGUCGGUUUUCGCACUCUUACAAAAACUUCUUUCUAGUGGAUUAGAAUCAGUUGAAGAAACGUAUUUGGAGAAAUUUUCCGAGUUCCUCAGGGUCUUUGUUACAAAUCAUUUGCACCGGUUUGAGGGUAACGGCAGAUUUCCCAUGUCAGAGUUCUUAAAUCUGCUUUUGAGGUUUACGUUCCAACAACCAACCUUUGAGGGCCAGCUGAUCUGCUUGGAGUUGUGGCUCCAACUAAUUAGCUACCUUUCGUCUCGAAUACAAGAUCGCACCAUGCACAGUGAUAAUAUUUUAGAAUGGUACAGCGAGGCUCUCCUGAAUUUGCUUUCACACGUUUUAACAAGCAUUCAGUUCAAGUACAAUCAAUCAAAGUUGGAGGAGUUAGAUGAUGAAAAUAUGGAUUCAGAUGACCAAACUGAGUGGCAGCACUACCUGUGCCAGCAUGUCGAGACUGUUGCCAAAAUUGCAGAGCUACUUCCUGUUCAGACAUAUUCCAUGGUGCUAGAGGCUUGGCAAAGUUGUUCCGUUGAGUACUUCCGCCUAGGAAACACUGUAACAAACCUGCAGGAACAUGAAGCGUCUCGACUCCAUUGCGUUUUGCAUGAUCUCUCGUCACUGAGCCAGGCGCUUGGCCGCCUCUGCGACGGUUUGGAGACUGAACAAAGCGCUGCACUCGCAGUAGCCGAAAGACUUGUCAAUCUAGCCGCGUUUGGUGCGCAGACAAAAAUGUACCUUACCUCCCACUGCCCCAGCCCGGUCCUGAAGCCAGAUUUGCUGACUGUACAUGCUCAAGUGCUGGCCGCUUUGAAGGCCUGGGCUCCCUGGUUGGGAGAGGUUCCUGCGGGCCACAAACUGGCCCUCGAGUGUGCCAGGACAGCCGUGAACUCGCUGUCGGAAAAUCCUCCUCCUUUGGUGGCUCACGCUGCCGCACAUCUUCUGGUCAGUUUGACUGCUGCCGUGAGAAGUCCUGAUGUGAGCAAUUUGCCCGAAAUGCAGGCUCUUAUGCAGCAGGCACCUUGUUUCCCAAGUCUGCCUCACGAAGACAAAAAACUUGUGCUCAGAUCUCUUGCCAACACGUUGUUGCUUCCGUGGACAAAUGUGAUAGAUCAACAGUGGCCCCAGCGCCAAAGUGUCUACAUGAGUCUUAUUAGUGCCAUUACUGCUGAGAUGCAAGGGUUGCCCAAUGGAAUUGUUAACCCAGAGAAAGUCUCCCAUUUUGUCAACUGUAUCAAACUCUUGGCUGAUCAAGUUGAGAACUUGAGUGGAGAAAGUUCUGUCACAAAGAGGGUUCUGUCUGCUUGCGUCGCAGCGCCCAUCAGUCAGUGCCUUGAGCUUUUCCCUAUCUACGUCAAUAUUCCAGAGGCCUGUGAAGCCCUCCUGGAGAUAUUUCUGGCUGUGUUCAAAGCUCUGCAAGCACAAUUAGGUGCGCCAUUUGCAGAGAGGAUGGCUCAAGGGUUUCUUGAGGUGUUUACAGGAGACCGUCUCGCUGUUGCAGUGCUGCAGCCAGACUCAGGACCAUGCGUAAUUGACAAGUUUUUGAGGAUUUUACAAUUUAUAAUUCAAGAACCCAGCCCGGCCUUUAAGAGAUUUGUACCUAGCACAAUGAAUCUCUGCAUGGACCACAUUUAUCCUCUAGUUUGUGAACGUUCCAGCCCCGACAUAAAAGUGGCGCUUUUAGAACUCCUUGCAGAACUUGUCCUCCACAACUGGCGUCUCUUUUUCAAAGGGAGCAUGCGUUGUUCACUUGUGGGAAAGGAAAACAACGACCCUGAGGGCGGCCCUGUGGAACACAAAGACCAACUGCUCAGAAUAUUAAGGGCGUUUGGCCAGUGCCUUUUACAGACUGAUCCAGCUGCUUUCAAAGUCAGCCUAGAGAGUCUAGAAAAAUUGCACUCUAAAUGCAAACUGUAUCAAAAAACCAUUUUCAAAGAAGAGCUUCUUCCUCACUUUUUAACUGUCCUCUUGCAAUGCCUUGUGGAAAAGAACCAUGGACUUUUGCAAGAUGAAGUGAUAGGCGCUCUGUACUCAAUGGCGGCGGUGGAUUUUGAAUAUUUCUACAUGAGGUUCAUCCCCAGCUUUUUAGCUGCAAACACCAGCCUUGACAAUUCUCAGAAGCAGUCUUUGGCAACGAACUUAAAGCUUGAAUCGGAUCUACCUUCCUUCAGUCAAUGUGUUCUUAGGCUGGUCAACGACCUCCACUGUUAUCAGCUGUGCAACGCGAGUCUGCCUGAAGGGACCAUCAGGUUGUAGGUCGCAGUCGUGUUCUGUUACUAAGGCAUUUAUUUUGCAAGUUCCUUAAGUGCAACAGCAUUUAUUUCAAAGUUUCUUGCAUAGGUUUGUAUGAGCUUUGAAAUAAUCAGAAAAAUAAAACCAGUGAACAUUCCACUUUUUUCUGAAAUCAUUGCAUUUGGUUGCGAGGAGUUCCUCGCGUUUUCAUUGUGAUUUUAAAAGGAAUGUGUAAUUUAAUACGGAAAUAAAAUAAGUUUGUUUAAUAUCAGAGAA